GCUACACUGCGACCGUUUUGGUCGCAUAUGCGACCUUUUGAAAUGCCAUUGCGACCUUAAUUUUUAAUAGGUCGCAAAUGUGCCACUGAUUAUUUUAGUACCUACCUUAUGUUUUAGGCAACAUAUUAUGAUUUACAAUGAGCAUUAUUUAAAACAGAAAUGUGUAUUUUAAGAGUACGUUUUAUAAUGUGCUCUGAUCCUUCAACACAUCAAGCUGGCUUCAGCCGCGCGACACCCCUCCGUCCCCUCCCGGAAUGGUAUAGGCGUAACCUCACGUUGAUUUAAAAAAAAAAAAUACCACACGCAGCAAUCGCAUAUUUAUAUCUCAACAUAGCAUACAAUCUGCACGUGUUAAAAUGAAGCGGACAAUUGAUUCCUUUUUUAAAAAGGGAAGUUCAAGUGUAACAAAAACAUCACUUGAUGUCGAUUCGACAUGUCAAACGGAGCCUGUGAGUGAGAAUGAUGAGGCUGAGAAGGAUUCGUCAGGAAAAGCACAAGCGGGAAAAAUGAUACGGACAUAUGAAUUUCGCCACCAGUGGCUCGAAGAAUACCCGUGGUUAAGGUACCAAGACGGAGCAAUGCACUGUGUGUACUGUAAAUUCUGCGGGCCUUCAAUUGCAGGACAGUCCAAAUUUGUAACUGCGUCUAAACAAUUUAAACACGAAUCACUGAAGCUUCACAAUGACAGUCUGAAGCACGCAAAGUGUAGAGACCGGUACAUAUCCCGUGACGCAGCAGCACUCCCCACUGCAUUUCGGCGUCAAGAUUUAGCAAACCGAGAAAGUGAGGAAUCUGAAUUGAUAAUUAAGUUCAAUGUAGCUUAUAAUAUAGCUAAAGAGGAAAUGCCUUUCACCAAAUUUAAAUCGCAAAUUAUUCUUUUAAAGAAGAACGGAGUGGCCGUUAAUCCAACAUAUGCUAACCACAAAUCAUGUGCUGAAUUUAUUGGAGUAAUCUCAGACACUCUCAAGCAAAAGACCUGUGCCAAAGUUUCUUCGACCCACUACUUGUCGUUCAUGAUAGACGGCGAUACCGACGUCUCCACUAAAGAAUGUGAAAUUGUUUAUGCUCGAGUCAUUGAAAAGGGAAGACCUUCCAACAUCCUCAUUGGCCAUAUUGAGGUUCAACAUGCCCAUGCAAAAGGUAUUUAUGCUGCAACCAAGGCAGCAUUUACUGGUCUUGGACCACAGUGUGUGGACUGGCUUGACAAGACAGUAUCUAUGGGGGCAGACGGUGCUGCUGUUAACCUGGGCCACAAAGGGGGAGUGAUAGCCCUCCUACAAGCAGAUGCUGGUGACUUUAUCAUACCGUUUCACUGUAUGCCUCACAGAUUGGAGCUGGGGUUGCUAGCUGUACAGCGGGAGAUCCCAAUGAUAGGUCAGGUAUAUGACCUGCUAAACUUGGUCUGGAAGACAUACCAUUUUAGCCCCAAAUCUAUGAGGGAACUCAGGGAGCUGGGAACAGACAUCGGGGUGAAUGUGAAUGCUCCAAGUGGAGUGAAGGGGACUAGGUGGCUGCCCCAUGUGUCCAGGUCUCUGGCAACAUUUCUCAAAAAAGGAAAAGACCACAGUCUCCAAAGCCCAGGGCAGUUUACUGCUGUUUAUUUGCAUAUGGACCACCUGGCAGGUGCCUCAGCCAAUGCGGAAAUUGCUGGAAGAGCCAAAAAGAUCAAACUUGCUAUGGAGGACUGGACUUUUGUGGCAUUCUGCCAUUUCCUGGCAGACCUUUUCUGUUAUAUUAGUUGA